AUGGCUUUGCUAGCGAACAAGAUCGUGUGCAUAACUGGAUCGUCUCGAGGUAUUGGCCGAGCAUGCGCGGUCGAAUCGGCCAAACAUGGAGCAAUUGGUUUAAUAUUGCAUUACUUUGGAGACCAGGAAACCGAAGUGGAGCUUCAGUCUUUGAAAGAAGAAAUAUAUGUGACGACUCACAAUCACUGUCAAGUAGUCGGUGUGCCCGGUGAUAUCGCGAAUUCGGAAACUUCACAAAAGAUCGUCGAAGCAGGCGUCGAAGCGUUCGGACGAAUCGAUGUGCUCGUCAGUAAUGCGGGAAUUUGUCCAUUCGCUGAGUUCUUGACGAUGCCCCAUGCUAUAUGGGAACGUACCCGACAAGUAAAUUUGGAUGGAUCCUUUUACGUGGUGCAAGCGGUGGCAAAUCAAAUGAAGAGCCAGGUCCCCCAAGGCGGGUCUAUCAUCGGUCUGGCUUCCAUUUCAGCGCUCGUGGGUGGUGGAUUCCAAUGUCACUACACACCGACAAAGGCAGGUAUCUUGUCGAUGAUGCAAAGUUGUGCUAUCGCUCUUGGGAAGUAUAACAUACGCUGCAACGCUAUACUUCCUGGCACGAUUGCCACAGACAUCAAUAAAGAGGACCUUGCGAAUGAAGAAAAGCGGGAGUAUACGAUCAAAAGGACUGUGCUUGGGAGACUUGGUGCUCCCGACGACAUAGCUGGGCCUAUGGUGUUCCUUGCCAGCGAUCUCGCAAAGUAUGUCACCGGCGCGCAACUACUAGUGGACGGUGGCCUGUUUGUCAACCUUCAGUGAUAUAUUUUCCCCUGGUGCAACAAAGGAGGAACGAUCGUCUUCCUCGCAUGGAGAGCUAGUAUGUGCAUACCAGACACUACUUAUAAUACUCAAUCGAUGCUCAGCCUUGAAUGUUUCAUGUCUGAGUAAGGAACACGUUCAGUAACCUGUUCAAACAAUACUUUAUGUGGACACCUACUUCAGUGAUACAGAUCUUUCGAAUUUACUUGUCAAUCUCCAAAAAACAAUCCCAGCUCCUGUCCAUUUACCACCGCUGGUUUCGCAUCGAUCAGAACGGUCGCCCACCGUGUCCAUUCCGUCCCAGGGUUUCUCCAAGCGUGAUUUGUCCCCUUCUGAAUCACAACAUCUCCUGCGUUCUUGAGGUGGGUUUCUUUUCCAUCGUCUGUUAUCAAAAUGAGUUCCCCGUGGAUCAGGAUGUUAUAGUCGAUCGAGGGAGUCCGAUGC